UCUCCUCAGAGCCAAGCAAGCCAGUGCAGUGAAAGUGUCCACCAGUGUGCAGUGACGCAGGAGCCUUAACAUACCCCAACGCUUGGAUUUCUGGAUUAACAGUGAUAGUUACUCUGCAAACCGAUUUCCUACUAUAUAAUUCUUGAGAGACAUCUAUGGGCAACGCUGUACAGAAGAUCCGCGCUCGAUUGGUCAUGGAGCGCGCUCACGCCCACGGUAUCCCCGCCCAAGCGGUGUUCUACCCUGACCGCAGCCGCAGCCCCGACGGCCGCAAGUCGUCCACAGGGUCGUCCAGCGAGGCCUCGUGGACCAGCGCCCAAGACGACCCCCUUGACGCUGCGCUCGAGUCGUUCGACGACCUCCACGACCCAGACGGCGCCCUGAGCGACCUCCUAGCCCGCACGGGAGAGGACGACUUCAUGAAGGCCGUCCUAUCCUUCUGCUCCUACAUGGACGGCAGGAUGGACACACUCGAUAAUUCUCGUAUCUACGACGAGUUCAGGUCGUACACCGCGUGUGGUGCACUCAAGGUCUCUGUGGCGUGAGUGCCUCUUUCACCUACCUGUUGAGACUUGCUUUAUGUCUGCAGCAUCUCCAGAAUGCCAUGCUACGCUUCAACACAAGUAUGAGAUGAAUUUCUUCUGCGAGAUGAGAUGCGCUCCGCUCCCAGAUGCUGGGGAGGGCGGAGGGCGCCGGAAAUGUCACGCGGAAGUGGCUGCUGCCGUAAGGCAACGGUCGGUCACCCUUAAGAGGCUCAGAUUACCGUCGCCAUAGCACUGUGUCGCCCCCUCCUUGUUGUCUGGGGCGACGGUGGCGCCAUCGUCGCCCCAGUGGAGAGCGGGAGCAUUACCUUCCGCGUGGGAAUAUUAAAGAUUAGUCCGACGCGCUGUUUGUCCUUCAAUGGGAUUAUGCGCACUCAAGUGGUCGUCACAGUUGUACAGUGAAGCUCUUAACGUGCCUCACAGAUGGGGGGGGAUGCUGGGGUAGUAGCAUCAGCAGACGUCAGAGAUCACAUCUCUUCAAGCACGUCAGUCCACAUUACCUCUCCUCCCCCACUGGCUCGGUCCAUCCCAUUAUGUGUGUUGUGUACAUAUAACAUAUAGUUAUUUCUAUCAAUGUAAAUAUAUCUGUCGAUAUGGAUCUCUCUUGCAGUAUGCCUCAAAGGCAAGUGGUGUGUGUGAGUGUACUGUGUACUACACUGGGAGUACAUGGGAGAUUGUACGCUCUUAAAUGUGCCAAAUAUUGAAGCAUUACAGCACUCACUCGUCAGUCUGUAGUUGAUGAGGUUCCUCAAGACUUUCCCCCUGUGAGAUGCUGUAAUGUAGUCUGGUUCUUGCUGUACCCACGUCUGUAUUUGCCUGGUGGGCUCUGUGAUACUGUGUGUAUGUCUGGCUACAAGUACCUGUAUAUUGUGUAUGAAUGGUUCUUGAAGGGUUGUAUAUGCACCACGGAUACAUGGUUGUAUGAAGUAUGUUUUGGUACAGAGAAACUGUAAACAUAUAAGUUCCGUGCCUACCACUGCCUUUACUGGAUACAUUAUAAAUAUUCUGUUCACAUACCAUUACUGUAUUAAAAUGUAUGAUGGUUGUAUUUCCUCACUAAAUUACUUGGAUACAUUUUCCAUUGCUAUAUUUAUAGUGAAAUUAUCAAUAUUUAUUUCCCUUAAUUUAAUAAUAAAUUAUGUAUUUAUUCAAUCUAAAAAAAAAUCUAAUUUAAUUAAAAUGAAAAAAAAAGUAUUCUGUAUUUCAAAAGUAAAGCAUUAAAUAAAAUGUGUUCCCAAUAUCUAAUUAAAAUUGAAACAAAGAAAGUUGUAUAAUGUAUUGUGAUUUAUUUCUGUAUAAGCCAUUGUAGGCUGUGUGGUAGAUGCCUAUGGACACUGUACCUAUGUAUUAUAUUUAUAUAAAAUUAUUUUCAUAUUACAAAA